UUCGACGGUUGGGCGGGAGAGAACUGCGCAUGCGUGGUUCUCUAGACGAGCUGACGUCAAGAUGGCUGCCUCCAGCAGGGUUCCCCAACAGAAAUGAUCUUCUGACAGUGCUCUUGCAAGGACAAGAAAGAUCCAGCAUAAUUAGAAGAUGGUACCAAAGAGAUGUGAGUGAAGCUCCACGAGUGGAAGAGGGAGAGCGUGCCUGAGAGAGGGGGGGGGGGCUUUGGUGGCGCCAUGCCGGAGAAGCGGGUGCUGGUGGAGUCCCUGGUGGUCUUUGCCGUGGCGCUGUGCGUCCACCGUGCGGUGUGGGACCGCUUCUCCUGGUGCGCGCUGGCCCUGGCUGUGCAGGCCUUCUACGUGCAGUUCAAGUGGGACCACCUGCUGCGCCUGGGCAACGCCGUCUUCCGCUUCCGGGCGGGCGCCAACAGCGGCCUGCUCCCGGCCUGCAUGGUGGCCCCGCUGCUGGGCAUCGUGAUGAAGGAGCGGUGCGGGGCGGCCGGCAUGGUCUACUUCGAGCGCCUGGGCCUGGUGGUGUCCUCGUCCGGCAUGGCCAUCGCCCUCUUCCUCUCCGUCAUCGCCCUGGGCGUCACCAAGCCCACGCCCACCAACACCUGCGUCCUCUCGGGCGUGGCGGGGGGCCUCUUUGUCUACACCGCGAAGCACUCCUUGACCGUCUCCGAGGUCAUUGAGGUGCUGGAGGUGCUGCUCAUCUUCGUCUAUCUCAGCAUGGUCCUGCUCUACCUCCUGCCCCGGUGCUUCACCCCCGGGGAGGCCCUGCUCGUCCUCACCGGCAUCAGCUUCGUCCUCAACCAGCUCAUCAAGCGCUCACUCAAUGCCGGCGAGAGCAAAGGCGACCCCGUGGACUUCUUCCUGAUGGUGGUGGUGGUCGGGGUGGUCCUCCUGGGCCUCUUCUUCGCCGCCCUCUUCUUCUUCAUGGACUCCGGCACCUGGGUGUCCUCCAUGUUCUUCCACAUGAUGACGGCGGUGCUGGGCCUGGGCGUCAUCAUGCCGUGGCUGUAUCGCCUCAUCCGGCGCAACCCCUUGUUUUGGUUCUACCAGUUCCUUUCCCAGACGCAGAGACGGGUCUAUCUCCUCUCCUACUGGGUCCUUUUGGCCGCUUCGGCGUGCGCCGUGGUGUUGUACCAGAACGCCAAGCGGGCCUCGGGCUCGAAAAAACACCAGGCGUCGACGGUCACGAGGAAGUAUUUCCAUCUCAUCGUGGUGGCCACGUACGUCCCGGGGCUCAUCUACGACCGCCAGCUGCUUUACGUGGCUUCGGCGGUGUGCCUGGGGGUCUUCAUCCUCCUGGAGUACGUCCGGUUCUUCACCAUCAAGCCCUUCGGACACUGGCUGCGGCACUUGCUCUCGCUCUUCCUGGACGAGCGGGACAGCGGGCCCCUGGUCCUGACGCACAUUUACCUCCUGCUGGGGAUGUCCCUCCCCGUCUGGCUCUUCCCCAGGCCUUGCGCCCCCAAAGGGGCCCUGCCCGGAGCGGGGGCCCUGGCCCACUAUGCGGGGGUCCUGGCCGUCGGGGUCGGGGACUCGGUGGCCUCCGUCUGCGGCAGCACCAUGGGCGAGAUCCGCUGGCCCGGCACCAAGAAGACCUUCGAGGGGACCAUGACCGCCAUCUUCGCGCAGGUCAUCGCGGUGGCCGUCAUCCUCAUCUUCGACCCGGCCGUGGACCUCAACGCCAGCUACGCCUGGAUCCUGGCCUCCAUCACCUUGGUCUCCCUCUUGGAGGCCUACACCAGCCAGGUAGACAACCUGCUCCUCCCGCUCUACCUCCAGAUCCUGCUCAUGGCUUAGCUGGCGCAUGGGAAGCAGAGGUUUUAAUCAUGUUAUGGUUUUCGGUGGCUUCGCGUCAUGUCAGCUCGUACCAUGGCUGUGGCUUGUGACAUGUCCAAAACGGUCGCUCCCGGGUCCAAUCGAUAUUUAAAACAGGAAUGCAAACACA